UCUCUCUUGCUUGCUCGCUUCUCUCCCUCUCGAAGAGAUUUAACUCCAUUAAAGGGAUGAUCAGAUCGAUAUCGAUGCCUCAACCUUCUUUUCCUCUCUGGUAUCAAGCGUUUCUUGUGUUAACCAGAGGUCAGGACAAUGUCGGUGGGUUCUCAAGAGAAAAGUAUGGACGUAAGCAUGAAAAAGAGUCAGCAGAACGGUGGGAGGCCGUCGCCGGCAUUGCCCGAGCUGUCCCCAGAGGCACGGGGGAGGCACCGACCGCCGAAGAGAGUUUCGGUAGUCUAUUAUCUCUGCAGAAACGGGCAUCUGGAACACCCGCAUUUCAUCGAGGUCCCACUUUCCUCCUCCCGCAGUCUUCUCCUCAAAGACUUUGUAAAGCGUUUGAAUGCGCUAAGGGGCAAAGGGAUGCCUGCGUUGUACUCUUGGUCUUGCAAAAGAAGCUAUAGGAACGGGUUUGUGUGGCAUGAUCUGUGUGAAAACGAUAUGAUCUACCCCACAAAUGGGAACGAGUAUAUUCUGAAAGGCUCUGAACUAUUGGAAGGGUCUCUGUCCUCUACUCCUGACUGCCAACGUCAACUUCGGGCACAUCUGCCACCGGUGGUUGUAACAAAGCAAGACGUAGAGGAGGAUUCCUCCACGUCCGCAUCUUCCCCUUCCACUGACAACGGAAAGCUUCCCCAGGCGCCGGAUUCGUCUCCGCCGGUCGAUGCUUCGACACAGACCAACGCCGCGUCCCAGAAUAUUUGCAACAGGGGAGUCUCCACGGAGGAACCGGACACGGAGGACGCUGAGGGAGACGAAAGCCUCAGGCGAGAUCAACCCUCGUCCGAGGAGAACCACGAGACUCCCGAGUCAUUAAACGUUUCGAAGCGGACUCAUCAGAGCAUUAGAGUCAUGGAGGCUGAGCCAGAAGCAGAAUGGGCGGAGGGCUCUAAGACGACGGUUGCCGACAUGCUUAUGCAGCUGAUCUCCUGCGGCGCCAUCUCGAUCAGGAACAACGGUCACCGGUUCGUUCCGGCAUACCAGCAGCGAGGCUCUCCAGGGGAGAGCCGGAGGAUUGAUGAUUCCGGCAGAUUCUUGCACAAAUCCGGUUCUUCAAGUCAAUCGAACUUGUUGAGCGAGAAACCCAGACUGCAAGUUAUCGGGCGAGAGCACCAGCAGGCGGCUCCCAGACUGAUGCCUCCCCUAGAGCGAUCCUCCAACAACAGCGAGAGGAGCAGCAACUCGGUGGUGGAGGAAGAGUGGCCGGAGCCGGAGGAGAAGGAGGCACGGCUAAAAUGCAUUCCCCUAACGAUCAGGACUACACAAAGCAAGCCGGCCAAAUGCUCUCCACAUGGAGAUCAUGACCGCACGCAGUUGUCUGACUCUGCAAGUGACGCCGGUGGAUGCCGUCGGCCGCUAGGGAUCUGCAAGCAUAUUGUGGCCGCAUUGCCGGACGGGAAACCAUCAGAAAGGCUCGACGAAUUCAUGGAAGAAGAGAAGAAGGUUGUGGGUACCGAAGAAAAUUGAGUUCCUAACUACACUGGAAUUAGUAAACCCCUUUUGAAUUAAGUAGUGUCGCUACUUAAAGGUGCUAGUGCACGGGUUGUUUUGGUUUACAAGAUCCCCACGUGGACUUGUGUAAGCAAAUUUGUGCAAGCAUUUACAAAAUCGAAGGCUCUUUUGUGAAUCUUA